AUGGAAAAGUAUCCCAAUUGCAAACCUAGAGCAAUUAGUUUUUAUGGAUUAGAUGAUGUGUUAAUUACUCACAAAAGAAAUCCGGCAUUAUUGCAAGUAGCUGAAAUUGAUGUACGAUGGGUAGCGGACUAUAAUUUCCCAGAAGAAGUCUUAAACCUUGGAUAUAACUUCCACAGAAUCGAAUUUUUUGAUGAUAGUCACCUCAGAAUUCCUGAAACAGUUCGAGAAUUGACUGUACGUAGUGUAUAUCCACUUGGUGGAAUCACUUCUUAUUCACAUUAUAUCCAAAACUUAAGACUUGAAAAUUCGACGAGUAUAACCCAAUUGAAACAUAUUCCAUCCAAUUUGCUGAGUUUACAUAUACAAUUCUGCUUACAACGAGGAUAUUCAAAACCUACAUUGCCAUUACCAUUACAAUCAUUAACCCUAGAUGUUGCCUCCCAUAAUCCUAACUCCGAAUGUGAUCUCUCACAUUUAUGCAACCUCAGAUCAUUUUCAUCCGGAUCUUCCUUAAUCCCAAUAUCUUGCUUCCAUCUCCCGAGACAAAUUACUUGCCUAACUGCAAAUUGGACACUGCAAAAUGUUUUGAAAACUACUGGAAAGUGUUCAAAACUCAAAAAAUUACAUGCCAGAAGUAGUCUUGAAAACAUGUUUAAGAGAAUUCCAUUUCCACGGGAAUUGCAAGUCUUAGAUAUCCAAAUGAUUUCCCCCAUACGUCUUGAAAUCAACGAAAACUUCACCUUACCUUCCAACCUCAAAUUCCUCAGGAUUUCGGGGAUUAAAGUAAGUUACAGACUACUGGAAUUAAUCCUACCCCCUUCACUUUAUUUUUUGGAACUACGAUAUUGCUUAUUGAGCUCUUGGACUGAUUUGAGACUACAUCCGAAUCUUUUGACAUUAAAAGUUCUUUCUGGAAGUAUUAGUGAGUCACAACUUCCUAUAUCUUUAACGAUGUUGAAUUUGGAUGGUUGUAGGUUUGCUUCAUUGUCUGGAUUCGAUUUUGGGAGGUUGAUUCAUUUGGUUAGGGUGAGUAUGAACUAUACACAACUUGAAAGUAUUGAUUGUCAUUUUGAUUCAAAUUUGAAGUUUUUGAGUUUGAAAGGAAAUUAUUUACUGAAGGUGCUGAUAGAUGCUCUGAAGUUAAAGGCACUCGAUUUGGGCAAAUGCAAAAUCGCAAGCUUUGAUCCUGGCAGUUUCAAGAUUCCACAAAGUAUAGUUGAAUUGACUUUGGAAAGAGCAGUCAUUGACACUGAUCUAAGUAAUCUCGUACUUCCUAGGUGCUCACGGCUGCUAAAUUCAACAAGAUGUAAUCUUACUUCCGACAUCCUCAUGUCAUGGGAUUUAUCCAACAGUUGUAAACAAUUACGAAAAGUACGUUUGAAUGGCAAUAAACUAACCAACAUCGAGGCUCACUUUCCAAAAACCUUAACUUCACUCGAUUUAAGCCAAAAUAGAAUAAAAAUCCCCGAAGAAAAUUUCUUUAUGCAUUUCAACAAAUUACAAGACCUAGCAAUUGCCGAUAUUGGGCUAGAUAAAUGUCUCCGCGUGCUCAAAACAAUUGAUAAUGCCUCGUUCAAACAGCUUGAAUUCUCCAAUUGUAAUCGAUUGAGAUAUGUUCUGUUAUUUAUGAAUCAUAAAUGUGAUCACGAACAUUUAUUUGCUGAUUUAAAAGAAACUUGCCCCUUAUUAGAGUGGAUAAAGGGACAAACAUAUAGAGGUCUAUCUUGA